AUGUAUCUUUCAUUACAGGGACUACUGACCUUCAGGGAUGUGGCCGUAGAGUUCUCCCGGGAGGAGUGGGCGUGCCUGGACCCUGCUCAGAGGGCUCUGUACAGGGACGUGAUGUUGGAGAACUACAGGAACCUGGUCUCGCUCGAAAAACCACAUAAAUGUAAUGUGUGUGGCAAGAUGUUUAAUCAAAAUUCUCACCUUCGUUCAUACCUUUGGGAUCAUGAGAGAAUUCAUACUGGAGAGAAACCAUACAACUGUACUGAAUGUGGCAAGGCCUUUAGGCAGUGGUCUAGCCUCAGGAUUCACCGAAGAGUUCACACUGGAGAGAAACCUUACAGAUGCAAUGAAUGCGGCAAAGCCUUUAAACAGUAUUCACACCUCACUAAGCAUAAGAAUAUACAUCCUGGAGAGAAACCACACAAAUGUAAUGUGUGUGGCAAGGCUUUUAGUCACAAUUCAAGUCUUAUGAAACAUGAGAGAAUCCAUAGCAGAGGGAAGCCACACAAAUGUAAUGAAUGUGGUAAAGCUUAUAUCCAAAGUUCAAGCCUUGUCGAACAUCAGAGAAUUCAUACUGGUGAGACACCUUACAAAUGUAAUGAGUGUGGCAAAGCUUUUCCCGUACAUUCAAGCCUUAAUAAACAUAAGAGAAACCAUAUGGGAGAGAAGCCUUAUAAAUGUAAUGACUGUGGCAAAGCCUAUACCCAGUCUUCACGCCUUACUCGACAUCAGAGAAUCCAUACGGGAGAAAAACCAUAUAAAUGUAAUGUAUGUGGCAAGGCCUUUAGUCAAAACUCAAACCUUAUAACUCAUCAGAGAAUUCACACUGGAGAGAAACCGUACAAGUGUACUGACUGUGACAAAGCUUUUAAGCAGUACUCAAGCCUCACUCGACAUCAAAAUAUACAUCCUGGAGAGAAGCCUUACAAAUGUAAUGUGUGUGGUAAGGGACUGUUGACAUUCAAGGAUGUGGCCGUAGAGUUCUCUCAGGAGGAGUGGUCAUGCCUGGCCCCUGCCCAGAGGGCUCUGUACAGGGACGUGAUGUUGGAGAACUACAGGAACCUGGUCUCGCUCGAUCCUGGUCCUUAA